AUGGAGAGUAAAGCUGGAAUAGCGCCAACGUGGACGGGAAUAAGGGAAUCCCGAGAUUCUUACUGCACACAGCGCUCGGAGGUUCAAGAUUGUUUACAAUUGGACGUGCAUUUACCAAAGGUGGGUAAAUCAUUCCCCAUUCUCGUCUGGGUGAAGGGAAGCAGCGGCGAUUACCACCCUGGAAAGUUGGUUCAGGAAGGCAUCAUAGUCGUUAUUGUAAGACACAGGUUAGGAGUUGUAGGCUUUAUGUGCUCGCAGGAAGAUCAAAUCCCUGGAAACGCUGGAGUGAAAGAUAUUGUCCUCGCCCUGAGGUGGGUUCGGGAUAACAUUGUUGCUUUUAAGGGAAAUCCUCACAGGGUGGUCGUGGCCGGACAGAGCUUCGGCGCUGCAAUGGUGGAGACACUUACCCUUUCCUCAAUGGCUAGAGGCCUUUAUCAUGGAAUAAUAUUACAAAGCGGCACUGUCUUAGCACCGUGGGCGUUUAACUAUGACGCAAAUGAUAAGACAGACUAUAUGAAAAUUACCAUGAACGGAACACAGUCACUGUUAAAAUCAGCCAUACCGGAUGUAGUAUUCAAUUCGGAAGAGCUCGGCGUCCCAUAUUAUCCAUUUGGUAUUUGCAAGGAAAAGGAGUUUAAACAUGAAGAAACACUGCUUUCAGAAGCACCAUUCAAUUCGUUUAUAAAAGGGAAAUUUACAUCCGUUCCAACGAUAAUCGGAUAUAACUCGAACGAAGCUUAUGUAUUUGUUUCUAUGUUAAAACAGAUAAAAGCUGUUAAGAAAAUGACAAGGGAUGUUAUGUUCCUGUUUCCUAUGGAGUUACAAUUAACUAACGAACGAGAAAUGCACCCGCUGAGUAAACAGCUAACGGACACCUACUUUAAAGAUAAUAUGACUGUCAGCUCAAUGUUGGAAUACCACAGGGAUAUCUACUUCAUGUGCCACAUACAUCGCAGUGCAAUAUUUCACGCAGCCACUGCGCCGGUUUACUAUUACCAAUUCUCACAUUCGGGAAGAGUUGGAGUGGAAAUUGAGAGUGGCGAGGAGAAAACUGGCGCCGCUCACUCGGAUGAACUGGGCUACCUCUUUCCAAACGAUGUGGUCGACUUUGACGGGGAUGAUGCGACAGUUCAUCAGCAUCUUAUAAAGCUGUGGACUAACUUCGUUAAGAACCUAAACCCGAAUAGUCCACAUAAUGUAUAUCAAUGGAGUCCUCUGGAUCCCUAUGAGCCUCGACUACUGGACAUACAGACAGAGCCUAGAAUGAUAGAUUUUCCGCACCAUCGACACGCAGACAUGUGGGGUGAAACGUAUGAAAAGUAUUUCUUUAGAAGACAUUGA